AUGACUUCAAUCACCAAGAAAAGCUACGCAGCCCGAGCAGCCACCCAAUCCAACCCGGCAGCACGCUCCCUCCUUGAAUGCAUCUCCCGCAAACAAACCAACCUAUGCGUCUCAGUCGACGUAACCAACAAACAAGACCUCGUCGACGUGUGCAAUGCCGUCGGACCCAACGUCUGCUUAGUCAAGACGCAUAUCGAUAUUGUUCAAGACUUCGAUAUGGAUCUAGUGGAGAGGUUGACCGAGUUAAGUAAGAAGCAUGACUUUUUGAUCUUCGAAGACCGAAAGUUCGCCGAUAUCGGCAACACCGCCAGCCUUCAAUACUCUUCCGGAGUCCACAAGAUUGCGUCUUGGUCCCACAUCACCAAUGCGCACCUGCUACCCGGGCCGGGAGUCGUUACAGGGUUGGCAAAGGUAGGAGUGCCGCUGGGGAGAGGCUUGUUGUUGUUAGCAGAAAUGUCGUCGGCUGGGGCGCUGACAAAGGGAUCUUACACAGAAGCAUGCGUUCAGGAAGCAAAGAACGACACUACCGGCUUCGUCUGUGGUUUCAUCGCCAUGUCUCGUGUAGACGAGAGGGAGGGGCCGAAUACAGAACGCGAUCUGUUGAUCCUUACACCGGGUGUAGGCUUGGAUGUGAAGGGUGAUGCCAUGGGUCAACAGUAUAGGACUCCAGACGAGGUGAUUAGGGAGAGUGGGUGUGAUGUGAUCAUUGUUGGAAGAGGGAUUUAUGGUGCGUUGAUGACGGAGGAGGGGAAGAAGGAUAAGGAGGCAGCGUGGCGAAGAGUGAGGGAGCAGGGCGAGAGGUAUAAGAAGGCUGGUUGGGAGGCGUAUCUGAAGAGAAUUGGGGAGAUGUGA